AUGGGACCGGAGGAGAAAAUUUGUGUAGAUGAAUUUGAGUGGAACGAUGAAAAGGAAGAGAGUUCUCUUCUAAACAGCUAUGGUGUGAGCUCCAAGCUUCGUGGCUCUGUGCACUCCAGAAUGUCCUACAAUUCUGAGGCGUUCACACCCUACAGGGAGACAUCUUCCCACCCUCGCUGCCCUGCUGCUGGCCGUGGCAGAGCACGGGCUGCCCACACCGUGCUGGUCCCAUGCACACAGCACGGCUGGGAGCAGAGGACCGAAGCUCCUCAACUUUAUCCCAUUAUUUCACUUUAUGCCGAGAAUCCCCACGCAAGUUCUCCCCUGCGCAGCGGCGGCUCCUCCCGGCCCGGCUGCAGCACAGACACCUGCUCUGUGCGCCGAGCAGAAAGGAAGGAAACGGCCCGGGCACGUGAGGUUCCUCCCAGAAAGAAGCGGCGCCCGCAGCGCAUCCCGCGCCGCGGCGUUCCCCGGCGGCCGCUCCCCACCCGCCCGCGCCGAGGAACGCGGAGCCUCGAGCCGAGGCGGCGCCCGCCGGCCCCUUCCGUCCGCAGCGGCGCCCCGACCCCGCCGGCCGUGCCCGCCGCAGGGCCGCGCGGCCCCAGGGGCGGGCGGCGCCGAGCCCGCCCCCCGCCCGCGGAGCCAGGCGGCGCCGCCAGCCCGCCCGGCCCUCCGCCGCCGCGCCGCUCGCCGCCUUCCGCUCCGCAGCCCGCGGGCGCGGCCAGGAGGCGGCGGCGGGGCCGCGGCUGCCGCCCGCCCGCCCGCCAGGCGCGGCCCGGAGCCCGGAGCCCGGCACCCUCCGCCCGUCCGCGGCGCGAUGUUAUGGCCGAGCCGGCGCAGAAGGGCGGCGGAGGGCGCGGCGGGCGGCAGGAGGAUGGGGCGGCGGCCGCCCCCAGCUACGAAGACUACGAGUGCAAGAUCUGCUACAACUACUUCGACCUGGAGCGGCGGGCGCCCAAGCUGCUGGAGUGCCUGCACACCUUCUGCCAGGAGUGCCUGAGCCAGCUGCACCUGCGCGCCGCGCAGCAGCCGCCCGCCGCCUCCGAGCCGGGCGCGGGGCCGGGAGCGGGGCCGGGCCGGGCGGCCGUCGGCUCCCUCGCCUGCCCGCUGUGCCGCCACCGCACGGCGCUGCCCGACCACCGCGUCCACGGCCUGCCCGUCAACACCAAGCUGGCCGCCGCCUGCCCGCCGCAGCUGCGCGCCCGCGACCCGCUGCCCCAGGACCGCCUCCCGCCGCUGCCGCCGCGCCGCCCGCCCCGCGCCCGGGAGGCGGCGGCCGCCCUCGCGCCGACCCCGGCGCCCCCCGCCCGCGCCGGGCCGCGCUCCUCGGGCGGCGGCUACGAGAGCUGCCAGAGCUGCAAGCGGGCGGCGCUGAGCGCGGGCUGCGUGUGCGUCGUCGUCUCCUUCCUGUCCAUGGUGGUGCUGCUCUUCACCGGCCUCAUCUUCGUCAACCAGUACGGCGGGGACGCGGGGCCCGGCGCCUCGGCCUCGCCGUCGCCCGUGGGGCCCAUCUGCCUCUCGGUGGCCAGCGUGCUCGCCCUCUUCUCCGUCGUCGUCACGUGGCUCAUCUGCUGGCUCAAGUACCGGCCCGAGGCCGCCGCCGGCGGGGCCGCCGCCAACGCCCCCGCGCGGGGCCGGGCCGCGGCCCGCAGGACCGACACGUAGCGCCGGGAG